AUGUUAUCGCUGCCGCUCAUGGUGGGUCUGGUUCCCAUCCUGUCUCUGCUGGGCUUGUUCUACUCGGCGGCGGUGGAUGAGAACUUCCCUCAGGGCUGCACCAGCAGCAGCAGUCUGUGUUUCUACAGCUUGCUGCUGCCGGUCACCAUCCCCGUCUACAUCUUCUUCCACCUGUGGAGCUGGAUGGGCAUCAAGCUCUUCAGACACAACUAGAGCUCCUUCAUGUCCUUCUCAACAGAAACUGUUCCGGGUGUUUACAGAGCUCAUCGUUCAGAGUAGAAAAUGUUCUCGUUCUCCACUAAUUCCCUAAAAAAGCUGACAUUGAGAGAAGAUUUGAUUUAAAGUUGUGCGUGUGAAGCUAAUGUGAAGCUAAUGUGAAGCUAAAGCGAAGCUAAAGCAGCUAAUUUCACAUUUAGAUCAACAUCUCCUGUUAGCUCCUGCUGUGUGUCACUUAGAAUAGAACACAUUUCUAUUUGUUCAUGGAGAUUAAACCAAUAAAGCUCGAUAACAAACCCUCCCAA